AUGUCCUUUCCACUUGACGAUUACCUUGCUAAAAAAUAUGGCGGAACAUCCUCCUCCUCUUCUACCUCUUUAACAAAAGAGAUAACCGAGAAAUGGAAAAAUGUUCAGUCAGAAGAUGACGACGAUGAAGUUCCUGUUAUAGUUGUUGAUGCAUCAAUCAUGGAGCAAGAAGAAAGAAAUAAAAAAUGGAAGCCAAUCGCAAUCGAACCAGAGGAUGAAAAACCACAACUAGUGUUACCAUCAAAAGAAGUUAUGGAAGAUAUUAUUUCAGCAACAACAACGACGGCGACAACAUCAAACUCUGCUAAAAUUGAAGAUAGCACAUUAAAUGAAAAUACUACUACUUCCUCUGCAAAAAAACGCAAAAAAGCUAGAUCAGUAUCACCUACACCUAAAAUGUCAUCAGGUUUGAGUGCUGGUUUACAUACAUAUGAUAAAGCACGUAAAGAAAUGGCUUUGGUUGAAAAAAAAAAGCGAGACGAGCUAAGAAAUUUAGAUCCAUCGUUAUCUGGUAAAGGUGCUGACGUUAUACAUCGUGAUAAAUCAGCACAAUCUUUUAUAAAAACUUUUUUGUUUGUUAUUAAGUUAAAGUUAAAAGCAUAUAUUAUUAUCAAUAGAUAUAAAGAUGACGUGGAAUUAAACGAGGAAUUGAAAGCAAAAGGACGGUUGGAAAGACCACGAUAUAAAGGACUACAACCGCAACCAAAUAGAUUCAACAUAGACCCAGGCUAUAGAUGGGAUGGUGUUGAUCGGUCUAAUGGAUUUGAAAGACAAUAUUUUGAAAAAAUCAAUGAUAGAAUUUCACUAGAAAAACAAGCAUACAGUUGGUCAGUUGAAGAUAUGUGA